UAAGCAAAAAGCAAUGGUGACCAUUAACAUAAUAUAGUUUGCCAGGCUGCCAGCUACUCGGGAAGUAUUCUAAGUCUUUUUAUCUAAGAAAAAGUCACCUUCUUAGCUUAGCAUAGAAGUUUUUCUUACCAAGUAUCCAAUUAUCAUCAAAACAUUAAACAUGUCUUGUAUGAACAUAUUGGAUUUACCUGAAGAGUGCCUGUCGUAUAUCCUUUCGCUGACGUCCCCAGUCGAUGUCCUCAAAUCACAGGUGGUGUCAAAGCAGUUGUAUUUGGCUUUGGGAUCCAAUACCGUGUGGGAGAAAUUUCUGCCAUCAGAUUGUACUGAAAUAAUCUCUCAAUCUUCUGUGUCUCCUAUUCUUCAUCAGCUUACUUCUAAGAAGGACCUCUUUUUACAUCUCUGCCGUUCUCCUAUCCUCCUCAACAAUAAUACUCAGAGCUUUGGCUUGAAUAAAUGGAAUGGGAAGAAAUGCUACAUGCUUGGGGCUAGAGCCCUGAUGAUUACAUGGGGAGGCACUCCUCAGUAUUGGAGUUGGAGCGCAGUACCCGAAUCAAGGUUUCCAGAAGCCACUGUGCUCAAAAACGUAUGUUGGCUAGACAUAAAAGGGAAAAUGCACACCAAAGUCCUUUCACCAAAAACAACUUAUGGUGCAUAUUUUGUGUUUAAAAUGGAUGUUGACAAUCAUCAAGGAUUUGAAGAUACACCAGUGAAUGUAUCUAUUUCAGAGGUUACCGAAGAAGGGUUACCCACACAACAUUACACCGUGGUUGUUAAGCAAUUUUACCUUGAGGCACCCUCAGUUCGGAGGCCUGAAGAGCUUCCGGUUACAAGAGGUGAUGGGUGGAUGGAAAUAGAGAUGGGUAGGUAUCAAGUUGGUGCUGAUGCUGAUCAAGGGGUGGUAUUAGAGAUGAGUUUAAGGGAGGUUGAAGAACUCAAUUGGAAACGUGGUCUUAUUGUUCAUGGUAUUGAACUUCGUCCUUUGGAUUGAUUACUAGGAUACAUACUAUGAUCAGGGGGCGAAUUGAAGCUAGCUAAGUAUGCAAUAAUGGAUUCAAUUGAACUAAUUGGUAAUUUAUGAUGAAUAAUUUGAAUAUCUAAUUUCAUGAAUUUCCAUGUAUAAUUUGACUUUGUUUUAGACUAAAUAAUACAUUAAUACUUCGUACUUAGUAAUUUGUAUAAGCUUUAUGACUUGUGUUGGGAGGUUUUAUGUGUUCAUCAUCUUUCAAAGUUCGCAACUCUCUUCAUUUCUUUGUAAAACUCUGAAAAUUUUUCUGCAAGGAAGUGCUUGUUUAGGUAACAUGUUGGAAGUUCCUCAUAGAAUGAAUGGCACAGUAAGUCUUUAGGAUGAAUGGAUGAUCAUCCACUUUAACUCUAUUUCUGACUUAGUGGUGGAUGGAGCUAGAAGUUCUUGAUAUUGGGUGUACUUUUUAGGAAAUGAAUGUAUGAAGCUAUGAAUGUUGCUCGUAUUAAUGUAUAAAAGUGAAGUGUUUGAUGUUAGAAUAUAUUAUUACCUGAAUUAUGAAUGUUAUUGUAUGUCUUAAUAUUCUGGCAUUAGUCUGAACUUUAGUUAAGAUUGCAUGCUUAGCUGCAGUAGCAAGGAUUUUACUCAUCUUAGUAUUUGGUGAAUAACCAAAUUCCAUUGAAAUGAAAACUUAAGGAUUAGGAAAAAAAAAAAUCAUAAAUGGACAUCAAUUCAAGCUCUAAAAUAUUCGAAAUUGACGAUUUAUAACUUUUUAUAGGAAAAAGAAAAAA